UUCCUGAGGCCGAAUCUGGUUCCUAGGAAACAUCAAAGGGAGCCUGCACCAGAGGCCUCUCAGGAUGUGCCCGGAAGCCUGCGUCCAUCCACUGUGUGGGACAGAAUGACACCCCCCAUGAGUGUGCUGUCUCCGUUGCUGUUUCUGGUGACCGUCGCAGGUGGGGCCCGCGGCCAGUGCGCUGACGGGAGGAAGCACGCCAACGCUGCUUCGCCCGACGUGGAAACUACUAGAAUCCUGCGGGACCGCACGGGCGCUUGCUGUCGCCGGCCCGCCUGUGACCUGGCCUGGUGGGCGGGGGUGCCGGGGGGGGGGUGCCGCUGCUACCUGGUGAGCUGCCACCCUCGCUCGGAGAGCUGUGAGCCCCGCAGGGCGGGCCCCGUCGGGUCCCCGCUCACCUUUGUCCGGAGGCCCGGGUGGCGGCUGCACGGCGGGGAGACGCUGCUGACCGGGGACGCGGCGUUGGGACUCUGGGGGGAGGGACCCCCCCCGAAGAUCUCAGAAAGGACCCCCCUUCCUGGGCAGAGAGCAGGACACGAUGACUACGGGGAGCCCGGGCCUGACCCCCUUUGUGUCCCCCAGGAGGCAGGAGCCCCUGGGGGGGGGCGCCCAGGCGGGCCUCGACUCCUCCUCGGCUGGGGGCCCGCCGCUGAGGGAGCCCACAGGGACCCCGGCCCCCAGACACUCUUCCCGGAGCAGGCUGUUUCCCGCCUUCGUGAGGACUCCACCUGCAGGAGAGGAGUUGGGAAAGGAGACUUCUCCCACCCAGGAACCACCCAGCAAGAGCUCUGGAGACCAGAUGAAAUACUUUGGCAGGAACACCUUUGCAAAAGAUCACUUUUUCGCUGCCUGACCGCCACCAUCAUGGGUCUCGUCCUCACUCCUGGGAAGGGCGUGUUCCAGUCUCUACUGCCUUACCACUGCGGCGCCCCUGCCUGGUUGAAGUUGACAUCUCACUCCAUGAAGGAGCACUCCACAAAAUCAGCCUUUGAACUAGGAGAGGAAGAUAUCGGGAGAGGAUGCUGUGACAUUGGUGGUGUUAGUUUGGAAGUUGACUGUCUCUUCAAGUGGAAGGGCAGGCCGGACAGAGGAUCCCCGGAAUGGACGCAAGUAAGCAGGUGCGCCAGAGGUCACGUGCCUAACUCUUCAGAAUGCAGAGAGCCCUUGUCUUUCCGCCAGCCUUCAUCUGACACGACAAGCAAGCCUGUGCCCCCGAAUAGCGACCGUGCAGUCCCCGAGUGCUGUUACCGUGUCCUGUGCGCACCUGCAACGUUUCCCAGCGUGGAGUCUGGGCCGGGGAAGGGGUUGACUCAGCAGGACCCCAACAAACGGGGGCUCCAGCUGCCAGCGGCAGCGCCCGACGUGGACUGUGGGGACAGAGCCGAGGACCGGGGUUUCCAGUCGCCUGGGGGAUUGUGUCCACACUGCUGGCAGUUCCCCCAUGUGGAGCGAGUGAUUUCAGACAAACGGGGAACUUUGGAAAGCCAACUCCAUUCUUUAUUUCAACUUGGUAGUGACUUUGUAGGAGGCCCCACUGCCAUGUGCUGGCGCUCUGGUCGCAGGGAUUCUGAACUUCGUACCACUGUCAGCACAGAUGUUCUAAUGCCUUCCCGUGAUCCUCCUCCAGCCAGACCGGAGUUGAGCCCAGCUUCCACAGAGAAGAGGCCGGUUCUGGCCCCCCCAUGGAGCGCGGAGCAUAGCAGCCCAAGCCUUCCCACUAGCGUUGUCUCCGGGUCCACCCCAUCUGAGCCACCUGUGUCUCCCACCGCUGCUCCCAGGACAGUGAAACAACUGGUGUCCACUGGAGAUAAUCUAAUAACUUUACCAGAAAAUGAAGUUGAACUGAAGGCUUUUGUUGUGCCGGCGCCUCCCGCAGAGACCAUGUACAGCUAUGAAUGGAGCUUGCUUAGCCACCCGGUAGACUACCGAGAUGAAAUAAACGAAAGACACAUGCAAAUGCUUAAUCUUUUAUUUCUGUUGCAGUUGUCAGCAGGACUUGACGCGUUCAAAGUAGCGGUUUCCGGUGAAAAUGCCUUUGGAGAAGGAUAUGUCUGUGUCACUGUUCGGCCAGCCAGAAGAGUCAACCUACCCCCCACGGCAGUGGUUUCUCCCCAGAUGCAAGCGCUCACCCUGCCUUUGACGUCAGCUUUCAUCGACGGCAGCCAUGGUACAAACGACAUGAGAAUAGUGAGUUAUCGCUGGGAAGGAAUUAAUGGCCCCUUCAGAGAGGAGACCCCCGCCAAGUCCCCCAUCUGUCUGUCUAACCUUGUUCCCGGAAACUAUACUUUCAGAUUGACUGUUACAGACUCGGAUGGAGCCACUGACUCCACAACUGCAGUCCUCAUGGUCAGCGGUGCUGUGGACCAUCCGCCGGUUGCCAACGCAGGACCAAAUCAGACCAUAACUUUGCCCCAAAACUCCAUCUGUUUGAAUGGAAAUUGGAACAGUGAUGAUCAUCAUAUUGUCCUCUGUGAGUGGUCCCUGGGUCCUGGGAGUGAGAGCAAAGAGGUGGCCAUGCAGGGCAUCGAGACACCAUACCUUCAUUUGUCUGAAAUGCAGGAAGGAAACUAUACGCUCCGGCUGAUGGUGAGAGAUUCUUCAAGACAGCAGUCCACUGCUGUGGUCACUGUGACUGUCCAGCCUGAAAUCAACAGGCCCCCAGUGGCCGUGGCCGGCCCGGACAAGGAGCUGGUCUUCCCGGUGGGGAGCACCUCUCUGGACGGCAGCAGGAGCAGAGACGACCAGGGCAUCGCCCUUUACCACCGGGAGCCCGUCAGAGGUCAAGCGGCAGUGGAGAUGGGGAAUAGUGACAAGGCUGUCGCCACCGUGAGCGGGCUUCCGGUGGGCAUGCACCGCUUCCGCCUGACGGUGACAGGCCGGCGGGGGCUGAGCAGCGCCAGCAUACUCACUGUGGCCGUGAGGAAGGAAAAUAAUAGCCCUCCCAGAGCCCAGGCUGGUGGCCGGCAUGUGCUUGUGCUUCCCAAUAACCGCAUUACUUUGGACGGUUCAAGGGAUUGUGUCCCACCUGGGGCGGCCAGAGCCCAGCUGGGGUCCCUCCUGGGACCGACAGAAGACCGGUCAUUGGGAACUGACCAUGGGCUCACGAAGCGUGUGAUUUUGCAGGAUGCCAUUGGUGCCUCUGACCGCACCGCAGCCGUGCGGCCCACCAAUCUGGUGGAGGGCGUCUACACGUUCCACUUGCCAGUGGCUGACAGCCCGGGGACCGCGGACACGGACACUGCCACCGGGGAAGUGCGGCCGGGUGUGCUCACGGGCUUCUGCCCCUGGGUUAAGGCCUCGGUGCUGGGAAGCGCCGAGGGAGGCAGCCCCGGUGAGGGGACGGGAGGCCCGACCUGCCUCGUGCCCUGGGCAGUGUUCCCCAUCCAGGCCUGGGGCAGGGCGUGCGGUGUUAGCCCCAGAGGCUGUGGAUCCUUUGAAGCUCUUCAAGCUCUCGUACAGCCCUUGCUCCCUCGAUCGUCUUCCCGGCGGAGACCCUGUGUGCUGUCUUUCCCAGACCCCAGGAAGAGUGGCCUGGUGAAGCUGGUCCUGCAGUCUGCCAUUGAAGAGCCUUCAUUUGUAAAUGCAAACAGGUCAAUUCCUCGGCCCACAAAACGCGCCCCCACGCCCCUGCCAGAUGAUGCAGCCGCGACAGUGCCCCUUCUCACAGGUCACAUGGCCGGCGUGGACGUGUCCCGUCGGUCACUGCCUGACCGCUUGGCUGUCCUCUCUCCUUGCCUCCUCGGCAGCACCGCGACUGUGUUUUCUGUACAGACCGGGCCGCCGUCCAUGGUUCUCGAAGCUGCCGACGUGGUGCGGGGUCUGCAUCGACAGCUCCCCGAGGAGAAGGAGGAUUUCUUGCUUUUCACCGUCUUGAGGGUUGACACAGCAGACUGCCUUCUGGAGUCCUCCGGCCACGGCCACUGCGACCCCGUUACAAAGCUCUGUGUGUGCUCUCCACUGUGGGUGGAGAACCCGAUGGAAUGUUACUUCCAGGACAGGGAAAGCAACUGUGAGUGGAGUAUAGUCUCCAUAACCUCCGUGGUUCUCACCCUUCUGACACUAACAGGGGGCUUGUCCUGGCUUUGUAUCUUCUGCUGAAAGAGACGAGAGAGGACCGAAAUAAGGAAGAACACCAGGUAUGCCAUCCUGGAUAACAUGGAUGACCAGGACAGAACGGAGCUGAGGCCCAAAAACGGUAUCAAACACCGAAGCACGGAGCACAAUUCCAGCCUGAUGGUGUCCGAGUCUGAGUUUGACAGUGAUCGGGACACAAUCUUCAGCUGAGAACGGAUGGAGAGAGGGGAUCCAAAAGGUUCUAUGAAUGGUUCCAUCAGAAAUGGGGCUUCCUUCAGCUAUGGCUCCGAGGACAGAUGA